GAGCUCAACGAUGAUUGGUUGAGUGCACGUUGCUGCUGAUGUGUUAUUUGGGAGCUAGGCUAGUUCAUUAGCAUACUGUGAACAGCGUCUCCUUUUAGGCCACCAGAGAAUUACUCUAAAAUGCCUCAUUUUCAGACGUGGGAAGAGUUCGCCCGUGCAGCAGAAAAACUAUAUUUGACAGAUCCGAUGAAGGUUCGAGUGGUCCUCAAAUACCGACACUGCGACGGGAAUCUUUGCAUUAAAGUCACGGAUAAUGCAGUGUGUUUACAGUACAAAACGGAUCAGGCCCAGGAUGUGAAGAAAAUCGAGAAGCUUCAUGGAAAACUAAUGAGACUGAUGGUUUCCAAGGAGACUCACAGUGCCAUGGAGACGGACUGAGAUGUUCUGGUUCUGAAGGUCUGGACUCUGUUCAAAUGGGGACUGAGGUGACUCCUCAAAGAGCCCUAAUUAUGUGGCCCACACUUUCAUUUUUGAACUUUUUACGCUAAUGCUGUCUUCAGAAACAGCUACAUUAAUUCUUUAUUGUGAUGGGUCAUAAAAGGAGCUAGGGGACUUUUUUUUAAAUGGACUUGUGCCACAUGAAGAAAUGUGGUGGCUGUUUAUUUCAGAGAUGAAAAGCCCAGUUUCUUUAACUGAGAAAUGCAUAAAAUAAAUGUUUUAUCUCAUGUCUGAGUGCUUUACUUUGUGACAAACUGUCAUUAUGUCCUUGGGGAAGACGAGCAUGAAGGUUGUAUGUGAGCAACAUAAUUUAGGACAUAGUAAAGCAACAAGUUUGCCAUAAUCUAUGACUUGUCAUUUAAUAAACAGGAUAAUAAUGGUA